AUGGGCGGUUCAGCGUUUGCUUCCGGAGAAAAUCCCCUCUACACACCCCGCAUGCCAUCUCACGUAUACGAGCUGGUAAAGAGCCGUUGCAAGAGCGCUCUCCGCGACUUGUACAUCUACGUGGCGAGUCCCAUUGACGGUCCUGCCAAGAGGGACUACGGCGAUGUUGACGUUCUAAUGACCUGCGCACGGGGCGAGUUCACAGGAAGGAGCGGGAUAGACGUAUUCCCCGAAACCGUCGUCAAAGCCAUCCAGCAUGCCCUGGAGCCGAGCAUGUGCUGGCCGAAAGAGGCGGCUCGCAUUUUGCCGUUCCCUGGCCGAAGGACCUUCCUGCCGACAGCUACGCAGCCGAGCAGCCCCAACGCUACAUCCAGGUCGACAGGGGCGGUACAUGACGCAGCGGACGUCUCGGGACAAGAUCAGGCAGGAGGUUUUACCCGUUUCCACGUCGAAGCCGAAUACAACCGACGGCUGGAUGAGUACAUCCGAGAGAAACAGACCGAUGCGGUAUGGAAGGACAUCAAGGGCGCUUUUCCCGCCGCGGACCCGACCGACAAGUACGCCUGCCAGUAUCGAGGUUGCACGAUCAAGGCGUUGAAGAAGGUCAUCAUCGAAGGCGACACGGGCUUUGGCGUUUUGCCGGAUGAGGAUUCACCGAUGAGGGACAAGGAUGGGUUCUUCAUCUUGGAGAAUGUGCACGAUUUUAUCAGCCGAAAGGGCGAAGAGGUUGGACGAGCUGCGAUGGCACGGCACCAUCAAGCAUAUGAGGAUCUGUUCGAGACAAGGGGCCCCAAACGGAAGCAGGAGACCAGUUCCGAAGUGGCAUAG